UGUAGUGGAAAAAAUGUAUACAAUGGCAAUUUGGAGAUCAAUUAACUUAUGAAAAAAGAGCAAUAAUUGCCUUUCUUUGUGGUCGCUGUGUUAUGGAAUGGCGGACUGUGAGCUGUAGAGCACCGUGGAGCGCUGUCGUUUUGUGUUAUUUGACGCGUCAGGAAGAAGAAGGAGGAGAGACUGCAUUGAAGAAUGAGUUGAUAGUUUCAAGGUAAUCUAGAGGAGACUGCAAGUAUAAAAGGCUGACUGGAAGAUGCCAAGAAGAAAACAGCAGAAUCCACAACCUGUCAAAUUGGAUUCUGAAGAUGGUUUAGGGACUGAACGUCCGGAAAGCCUUACCUUUGAGAGCAACUUUCUCCUGGGACAAGAAAUUGAGUUCUCCGAUCCUGACAAUGUCGGCAAGAUCAUAGGCCUUGAAAAGUUCUCAGCUGACAUUAGCCUGCCUGCCUUCCCCCUGGGAGACGACGAGAGCUCACCCUUCAGCCGCCUGAGCAUGGAGAGUGACGCCGAUGACCUGCGCGCAGCUGAAAGCGAGCACGAAGAUGGUGUUUCUGAGCCUAGUUUCCCCUCGUACCUCUCUUGCAGGGGCUGUGGUCAGCUCCUGGAAGAUCCUCUAGGACCCGGCAUGGACCUGGUGGGGCCCUACUGCAUAAGCUGCUGCAAAGGGAGCCUGAACGGCGCGGCAGACAGAAAGCUCUGCUUACCAGCGGGCUGCGGAGAGAACGAGAGUGCCAGUGGCGAUGACGGUUCAAUGAAGCUCCAUUCUUGUACACUUUGUGGUUUUUCGUCACGCUAUACGAACCACGUUAAGCGGCACAUGAAAACACACAACGGCGAAAAGCCGUUUUGCUGUCCGCUCUGCUCAUACGCGUCGGCACAGCUGGUGAACCUGCAAAGGCAUUUGCGCAUACACACGGGUGAAAAACCCUAUAAGUGCAACCAUUGCAUGUUUGCGUGCAGUUCCUUAGGGAACCUGAAGAGGCACCAACGCAUGCAUACAGCGGUAAGCCAGAGCGUCCGUCAUCCGACAAGCGUCAACUGUUUACACCGCACCGCAGCACUUUUAAGAGAAAAAGAAGUGGUUCCCAGGCCCACUGAAGAUGCAGUUCAGUCUGAUCCACAUCCCCAUGUGGCGCGGGACGGAAGCUACAUGCAGACUUUUGAUGGCCUCACGUUGGCACAGCAGUCAUCCGCAGGGGUGUUGCAGUCAGGUCAGGGUGCUUCCGAACCUGCCCCCCUACCUAUCUUCUUUCCUUUCACCUGUCGGCUGUGUGGCAUGGCUCUGGAUGAUGAGGACGGAUCCUCCGCGCAAAUCUGUGCCAAGUGCACAUUAGAGAUGCUGACUAAGGACACACCUGGCUGUCCCGCCGAGCGAGGGGACAAGGUCUACACCUGCGCCGCCUGCCCCUUCCUCACACACUACCCCAACCAUCUGGCCCGCCACAUGAAGACCCACAGCGGCGAGAAGCCAUACAAGUGCCCACAGUGCGAGUACGCAUCCGCACACUUCGACAACCUAAAGCGCCACCAUCGGGUACACACCGGCGAGAAACCCUACAAAUGCCACCUGUGCGAAUAUGCCUGCGGGAACCUGGCUAACCUGAAAAGACACCAGCGGGUGCAUUCCGGCGCCAAACCCUUUCAAUGCACCAUCUGCAACUACAACUGCAACCAGAGCAUGAAUCUGAAGCGCCACAUGUUGCGCCACACUGGUGAAAAGCCGCAUAAGUGCCAAGAGUGUGGCUACACCACCGGCCACUGGGACAAUUACAAACGACACCAGAAGAAGCAUGGCCUCGUUGCAGAGGGGUGGGAUAAAGUACAGAUGUGUGGGAAUGAGGAAGAGGUUGAGGUGUAGCCUCUCAGGAUUAAAGUGUGAUGUUCAGGUUUGGAGAGUGUGAGGUUUCUUUUUUUAAGAGUGAUGCUGUUAGGCAGUUGUCUGUUAUAUGUUACUGUAACAGUUAAUGAUUUGCGGGUUAUUUUUGCCUUGUGCCCUGAAUUAUGUUCAUAGCCAUUUCUUUGAAAUAUCAAGAAGCUGCUACAUAAAGUCACAAUUAAGACAGUUAUCUGAAUGUCCUAAUGCCUUUGGAAUAAGGCAGUUUGUGUUACCCAAAGCUCUCGAGAAGCAUUCUGAACCUGAACUUGAUUCGUAUACUGUAUCAGUGCCAAAUAGAAAUUACUGCACCGCUGCCAUAAUAAAGAACCUGUGUCAAGCCUGACAACAUUGCAUGCAUAUGUUUACCUCUGUUACAAGCUUAAUGGUUUUUUGUGAUAUUCAUCAUUCUCCAUCUUAAUCCCGAUGGUUAAAACGUCAGGGUCGUGUUGCCUUUUUCUUGUCGUGUGUGUUUUAUUGGACUGUGAAAUGCCUUGUGUCUGAGUUUACUUGAAGCAAAAAGGUGCUUAGUGAAUAUUUGUGUCAUGCUCAAUGUAUAGCUUUUAUUUUUUUAUGUGAGUAUUAUUUUCAUCUCUAAGGAAUGUCUGUCAUGAAUUUGCCACCUGUGAUAUGACGUAAGUAAUAGCGAAAGACAAAAGUGACCGUAAACUAUUAUGCAGUUCAACUUCAGGUUGUCAAGAAAUGUUGAUUAUGAUACGAAUCUUGUAGGUGUGUGGUGCUCAAGUUUUUUUGUAUUAUGCAGUGGUUUCAUUAAUGCCUUAAAUAUCUUGAAAUAAAACAUUUUGUGUUGAAAGUGCA